CAAGCAAAAAGAAACCCCAAAAAAAAAAAAAAAGAAAAGAUAAAUUCAAGCUGCGAGCAGAAGCAAACUCUCGCGUAUCGAUCGCAGAGAGUCAUGGACAACUUCUUGUUGAUGUGGGAGAUCUUGGGACCAGGCAUCGCCGGCGCGGUGUUCGGCGCCGGCUGGUGGUUCUGGGUUGACGCCGUCGUCUGCAGCUCCGUUCAGGUCUCCUUCCUCCACUACCUACCAGGGAUUUUUGCUACUCUGGCGGCGCUGAUGUUCAAUUGUGUUAAUAAAGAUGAUAUUUCUUAUGAUUACUCUCCCUAUGGGGAAUCUGAAUGGAGAAUCAAGCUCUGGUUGUUUCUAGCAUAUGUCAUAUCUUUUGUUUCUCUAGCGGGAGCGGUGGGAUUACUGGUACAAGAUGCACUUGUAAAGGAGGGCCCUUCAGCCUGGACCGGCGUUGCUGGCGUGCUCCAAUGUGUAUUUGUGUUAAUAAGUGGGCUUAUCUACUGGACCUGUCAUUCUGAAGAUUAAAAUUUGUUCGGCUUUUGUUUCUCUGAAUAUGGAAGCGAUAGACAAAGUAAAACCAAACUUUUAUGUCUUAUAUUCAUAACUUUAGAGUCAAUUUGUAUAUGGAACAAGUGUGAAGAUUGUAAAUUAUACUUGGUCUAAUUUGUUGGCUGAUGAUCCCAGACAUUGGAGGCUGUUUGUCUUCUCAAAUGGAAAUCAUAAAAUGCUAACAAAGGUUUUAAGCGUUUA